CAUAUACUAUGUUACUAUGUGUUGUACCUUGUAAUGCUUGUGGUCUAGGUAGCUAACUCACUUACACACGCACGACGAACAUCCAGGUCCCCUUGUCAGGAUCAGCUCACCUCACCUCACCCCGGACCUCCGAUCCCUUCUCAACAAUACCCAUUCAGUUCAUUCAAAGCCAACAUACAAAGUUCCCUAUCUCCCUCUUCCGAUCGUCUCAUAAUCCCCUCAUUCCUCCCUUUACUCUCGUCUCUACUUGUAUCAAGUCAUUGAACCUUACAAUAUUCUAUCCUUUUACCUUACCUCUAAAUCUAAUCCUUGCUCGAACAAACCAACGCACUGACAUGGCCGGCCCUCGUCUUACAGCUCCAGCUACCAAGCUCGCCCGCUCUAUUAGCACCACAGCUUCCGCCUCUGUGCCCAAGUCGGCUACGAUACUGACCAGCUCUAAGAGCUCGGCUCCUCUAUCCAGGAAAUAUGCUGAUCUCCUUAAGGAGCGGAAUAUAGAUCCCGACCACCCGCGUCACCUCUACACUCGUUCUUCAAACCGCCCGCAUCCCCCUCCCCGUACGAUGCGCCUAAUGCAGACAUUUACUUCGAGCGCCCCUCGCUCCGCCCAGGUUGACACAACCACCUUGGACAACAUUGUAUUCCCAGGUUCUGCCGCCUUCGAGGGCGCCUCUAGCGAUCCAUUCGCGCACCUUCGUGUGCCGCUUCUACCGGAUAACUUUACCGCCCAACACACCCCCGAGGUGGUUGACGGCCCUGUCGCGCCGGCCCAGAUCAGCAUUGUUGCUGCUAACCCUGAACUCGUCUCCCCGGCUGCUCUCACCGAGGUUGAAGGCAUGGGCAUCGACGGUGUCGAGCUCAAGUUCGCCCACGAGGGGGCGGCCGAGUCAGAGCAUGAGCAGGGAAUGCUUACGGAUCUAUGGAAGGGUCUCGUCGACGACGUAUUAAGUAGUACGAAUAAAACCCGCGUUGCUCUCUAACACCAGCUUGUCGACAAAUAACGGUUAUAACACGAAAAAGAAAAUAUCUGUAAAGGGACGGUGUGAAUAGCGUAUUGUGUGAUUCGAGCUCUGUCGGGAAUUUGGCGUUGCGCGGGCGGUUCUGGAAGUGCUUCGGACCGGUUUGAAAUCAUUUGAUUUUUUUUUAAUUGUCUUUACGAGAACAGAAAAGGCUGCAUCCAGAAAAUGGAGUCGAAACGUAUCUAGGAUGCGCGAAUUGAACUGAGACACGACGAUAUCAAGUCGU